UGCCCGCAGUUCGGUGCAAAAGCCCGCGACGAACGCUUCUCGCUCCAUAGCCCUGAGGUCAUUACAUAUAAAUUAAAAAGUAAUAAAAUCCAUAUUGGUUCGAGAAAAAUAACACUUAUACAUCACUUUUUACCAUCGCUUUCGGAUGGGAGGCUUUCGGACUCUGGGACGAUCCUGACUGGAUAAAUAGUGAAUGUGAAAAGAAGUUUCUAAUUUUGUACCUGGAAAAAAUUGUGUUGUUUAAGUAUUCUGUGAUUUAAGUGUGGUUUUUUCUGUGAUCACAACUGUGUGAUAAAGAAGGUGGCCGAUCAAACAAGCUCAAAAAAUACUUAAAACUAAGGAUUCUAAAAUAAGGUGCCAUGGUACUGGUAAGAAGAUGAAGUGAACAACUUUACGAUGGGAACAAUUGGAUGGCUGAUCAUGUCCGCACUUUUGGCAACGGUACUGUCUGCUUCGACGCUAUUCUGCCAGGCAUCAUCAGCACCACCUCCAACAGUUUCAGGUGUGACGGAACCUGCCGAGAUCGUAGAUGUCGGAGAUGCAAGAGGAGGACUUCGCACCCUCGGCGGCAAUCCCAGGGGAUUCAGAGACUCCAAGCCGCCGAGUCCAGUUCAUAGACCCUUUUUCGACGACAUCUCACCCAGGAAUGUCACAGCAGUCGUCGGUCAGUCGGCGAUAUUGCACUGCAGGGUCAAAUACGUGGGAGACCGGACGGUUUCCUGGAUGAGAAAGCGCGACCUGCAUAUUCUUACGUCCAACAUCUUCACAUACACGGGCGAUGCUAGGUUCUCCGUCAUUCACACGGACCCGAGCGACGACUGGAAUCUCCGGAUUGAAUACGUCCAGAAGAAAGACGCCGGUAUUUACGAGUGCCAAGUGAAUACGGAGCCAAAGAUCAACAUGGCCAUACAGCUGAAUGUCGAAGGUGAGCAUAUAGCCGAACCCUUGUUAUGUCCUGUAGAAUAUGUUCGCAUCCUCUACCCAUCAUAAAUACCCUGAUACAGUUAGAGGAGUAGUAUUAGCCGUCAAA